AAUGAAAUGUGGGGUCAAAUGUCAGAGCAGAUUCCGAGUAUAGCCCUGGGGAUGUUACUUCACACUCCACACACAUUGUGUUUGGACAAAUUCCAGUUCAAAUCAGGUCAGGAUUUUGUCUCUUAGCUGGAAAAUCACCCAGUAAAGAGACCAAAAUGCAUCAAAAACUAUGAAAAAUGCAGAUUUACUCAAACAAUUUGAGUUUUGGAUGAAUACAAAUUAUUUCUUUUGUGUGUUUUUUUUUUUUUUUUUUUGCUUGGAACACCUUUCAGAUCAAUUGUACCAAAUAUAACAAUGACUUUGGAGAGAGUUCAACUUAAAAGUGUCGAUGUAUUGAAUUAUUGGAGAACAAAAUGCUUCGCAGGAGCCGAGAUAAGCUGCGCAAACUUCAGGAGACACAUAUUAUUUAUGCAGGACUUCCACGUGUGCUGCGCCUGGGAUGGUCGGCGUUGAGCGCUGUGAUUGGACGCACCUUCUUCUCGGAUCACGCUGUCGUUGUUCCAUCCAGUCGGGGCGGGACCUGAGCAGAUUUUACACCCAUGAUUGGCUCAGGUUAAGAAAAUUCACAGCUUUUUGUCUGCAGACCGGAGCGGCAGGUCUCGCGUUAUAAAUACAGCCGGGAAAGCAAAAUGAGCAUCGACGUCCGAGGGAGUCUGGUCAGCCCGCCGCCGGUUCAUGGUCUGUGUGAGAAGGAUGCUGCAGCAACAUCUUCGAGUGGCCGGCCGCAGCGCCUUCCCGCUGGUCAAGUGGAUGGAGAGGUGGGCGGAGGGCGCAGCGGCCAGCCCGGCGCGCGCCAAGGCGCAGGCGGUGGCGACCCUGGACGACAUGCCCGGACCGUCCCUUGCCAGUUUUGCCUGGGACUUAUUUGCAAAAGGGGGUCUGUCGCGCCUGCACGAGUUACAGUUGGAGGGACUGCACAAGUAUGGCCCCAUGUGGAAGGCGAGCUUUGGCCCCAUCCUGACUGUUCAUGUGGCUGAUCCUGCCCUCAUAGAGCAGGUCCUGAGGCAGGAGGGCCUGCACCCCAUGCGCUCCAACCUCUCCUCCUGGAAGGACUACAGGAAGCUCAGAGGACAUCACUGUGGACUCUUGACAUCUGAGGGGGAGGAGUGGCAAGCAGUGAGAAGUCUGCUGGGGAAACACAUGCUGCGUCCAAAGGCGGUGGAAGCUUACGAUAAAACCCUCAACUGCGUGGUUGCUGAUCUCAUUUCCAAGCUUCGCCUCUGCAGAAGUCCUCAAGGACUCGUCACCGACAUUGCAAGCGAGUUCUAUCGCUUUGGACUUGAAGGUAUUUCCUCAGUCCUGUUUGAAUCUCGGAUUGGUUGCCUGGAUCUGGUCGUUCCUGAAGAGACGGAGCGUUUUAUCCGGGCCAUUAACACCAUGUUUGUGAUGACGCUCCUCACCAUGGCCAUGCCAAGCUGGCUCCACCAGCUGUGCCCCAAACCCUGGAGAGUGUUUUGCCAGUCCUGGGAUUACAUGUUUGAAUUUGCUAAAGAUCACAUUGACCGCCGCAUGGCUGCUGAAGCAAAAAAAGUGAGCAGAGGGGAGAAGGUUAAGGGUCGCUAUCUUACCUACUUCUUGUCCCAGACUGGACUCCCCUUGAAGACCGUCUACAGCAACGUCACCGAGCUCCUGCUUGCAGGAGUGGACACGAUCUCCAGCACUUUGUCCUGGUCGCUGUAUGAGCUGUCCCGCCACCCAGAGGUGCAGGCCUCACUCCGACAGGAGGUGCUGACUGUGCUGGAGGGUCGGAGGACACCCGGGGCUGCAGACGUGGCUCGCAUGCCUCUGCUUAAAGCUACAGUAAAAGAGGUGCUCAGGUUGUAUCCAGUUAUUCCUGCCAAUGCAAGGGUCAUUACGGAAAGAGACAUCCAGGUUGGAGGAUACCUUAUUCCUAAAAACACUCUCAUUACGUUGUGCCACUUUGCGACGUCCCGAGACCCGGCGGUUUUUCAAAACCCACACGAGUUCCAACCCCGCCGCUGGUUCAGGAAGGAGCAGGCUCACCACCCGUACGCCUCGGUUCCCUUCGGUGUAGGAAAGCGCAGCUGCAUAGGCCGGCGCAUCGCUGAGCUGGAGCUCUACCUCGCUCUUUCCCGGAUUCUAAUGGAGUUUGAUGUGAAGCCAGACCCGGAGGGAGUGUCUGUGAAGCCGAUGACACGGACCCUUCUAGUUCCUGAAAAUGUCAUCAACCUGCAGUUUAUUGAACGGUGACCUAUUCGCCCGAGCUGGUCAUUUACAGAUGCCAACGCGAGUCCCCCCCUGCAGGCCACGAGGAGAGCUGGGCAAGCAGAGUUACCACAGGUGCUGUGGCAGCAAUAGCCUGCUGCACGUACCGGUUCAUGUCAGAGCGGGCCUUAACCUUUGACACAGCAAAGAAAAGAAAAAAAGAAGCGCUCCUUUGCUGCUCUGCUGCAGCCCUUCGACGGUGACACAGAGAGCUGCACGCUACACGCAGGACGAGAGCUGAUGGCUCAUCAAAGAGCACUUCAACGCAAAAACUCUGAUUGCAAGCUUAGUUUUCAUUUUCUAAAAGCAAAAUGACCAAAUCCUUUGGAAGUAGAGAAAACUAAAUCAAAUAAGCAAUAUUUUUUUUUCAUUUAAACUGACAGUAUUAGAGAGGUUUUUGGAGAUUUCUUGAAAUUUGCUACAGCACAGUGGUGGUUAGCUGCUGUUAGGCCAUAACAUUUUUAGUAACCCCUUUAUAGAAAUAAGAAACUGUGAUUAAUAUUAUUUUUGCACUGUUAAAUACUAAUUAUAGUUUCUUCUCUGUGCUGAUAAAUCAGAAACUCGCUCAAACAGCUGGUCUGUGUGUGUCCAAUCGGUCAGGAUAGAGCAAGUACUCUAAAAACAAGACCUCUAUUUUUAACUCUGCUGUUGUUAGACUAUAUUAUGUUCAAUAUUGUAAAGCAGGUAUGCUUUUUUGGGUGCUUUUGAGUGACAGAUUUGGUGAGGAGGUGUUUAAAAGUAGGGCAGCUGUUAACAUUUCUGCAGGACGACAUGGUGUCACUCAAAAUUUUCAGAAAAAAAUGCAGAAUGGUGCUGAUUCUUUUGCAUUUUUACAGAAACUUGAUAUUGUUUUUGCAAAAAAAAAAAAAAA